GUAAGCUAUUCACUGCACAGACGACUGUUGUACAUAACGUUUCGCAGUGAGCGUGGAAUAUCGCGUAGUUUAGUCGGUUUACGAUGUAUUAGUUUAGGUGCUAUACACAUACCAGGUACGAUUAACUUCUAAUUAGUAUUUUUUCUUUAUCGCUUUUUAAUAACAAUCAUUAACAUGGAGGAAACAUCGUGGAAACAAUGGAAAUAUGUCGCCUUUCUCGUUUGUGUGUUCGCUAUGGUCAGAGAAAUCAGACCAAUCGAACCGUUUUUUACAUCGUUUUUGAUAAGCGCAAAUUUUACACGCGAAGAGAUCAACGAGCAGAUAUAUGCAAUAGGCACUUAUUCUUGCUUAGUACUGGCGGUUGUUAUGUUUAUGGUGACUGACUAUUUUAGAUACAAACCUUUAAUCGUCGCUGACGGUGUAGCCGGGAUAUUCACAUAUGCGUUACUGGUGGGGACUCCUAGUUUGAACAGAGUGAAAGUGGAACAAAUGUUCUUUGGAUUCUUUUAUUCGUCUGAAAUUGCGUUUACAACGUAUUUGUAUGCCAAGGUCGACGACAAACAGUACUAUCAAAAAGUCACUAGCAUAGUGAAAGCGUCCACGCUGUUUGGCAGAUUUUUGUCGGGGCUAAUUUCACAAACAAUUGUUUCAACACACGUACUCGACUACAGUCAUCUAUUGUUCAUCAGUAUUUUUUGCACAUCAUUCGUGACUAUAUGGGCGUGUUUUUUACCUAAAGUCGAACAUAGCGUAUACUUCCAUAAAACUGACAGCACAUCAGCAAGAAACAGUGAGCUUAAAGCUCAAACCAACGAAGUCACUGCGAACGUCAAUGAUCCACUUAACAAGAAACAAAAACCCGCUACAUUCAACCAAGUCAGACUGAUGUUGUUAAACGAUUUUAAAUCUGCAUAUAGUAAUAGUUACGUUGCGAAAAAGUGUUUCUGGUGGAUAGCGGCCAUUACGGGUUACAUAAUUGUUGCAACGUAUAUUCAAGUGCUAUGGGAAGAUGUCGCCAAGGAAAAUAAUAGUGAAAAAGAUCUCAUGAAUGGAGCCGUAGAAUCUGUGCAUACCAUAUGCGGUGCAGCUGGAGCCUACGCGGUUGGCUACAUCAAUUAUGACUGGAAAACGCAAGGUGAUAUCAUAUUUGCCAUAGGGUCUGCAGUACUGGCAUUUUUCUUGUAUACCAUAUAUUUCAGUCAUUCGUUAUGGAUUUUGUAUACUUUUUACGUUUUGUUCGGCGCCAGUUAUCAAAUUAUGUCGACUAUUACUGCAUCCGAAGUGGCCAAGUAUAUAAAUCCUGAUAGUUACGGAUUAAUUUUUGGAUUUAAUAUGUUCGUUUCAUUACUUGUGAUCUCAAUAUUCACUCUACUUUUUAUUCAAGGUAUAAUAAUUGCCAUUGGUACAAGACACCAGAUACUAACUAUAGCUGUACUAUUCACGAUAAUGGGUGUUCUGUUUGCUAUAAUAGCGGUUAAGAGAUAUAUAAAACAAACUCGCAGGAUUAGACAAUAGUAUAAUAUUUUUACUUUAAAAUAUAUGAAAAAUGAAGUAAAUGGAUUUGCCAUAAUUUGUAUAAGGAUUUGCUGAUACUUUUUGAACAUUUAAAAUGUAUUGAACUAAUUAAUUUUACCAAGAGGCUGUGUCUGUAUUUUUUAAUAUGACAGAUUAUAAAUGAAUGUAUAAAUUAUGUAUUUUAUAAUAUAUUGUAACUUGUUACUUGUA